AUGGCUGUGUUUGAGGGUUUCAUAAAAAGGGUUUGGGGUCAUCUAGGGAUAGCCCAGAUUUCUAGAAUGACUUUGGGGCUUACAUUUGUGAAAUUCAAUGACGAAGCAACAAGAGAUCAUGUCCUUGAGAAUGGAUUUCUUCAAUUCGAUAGGAAACCCGUCAUAGUGCGGCCAUGGACAGCUGAUCUUAGUGCAAUUCGUAUGGUUCAUUCGGUUCCAUUGUGGAUUCGUCUUCAUGAUUUUGGGCUACAGUAUUGGGGGAGUAAGUGUCUCAGUGCGUUGGUUAGUACGAUUGGCAAGCCUCUUCUUGUGGAUAAAUUUACUAAGGAGCUCUCUCGUGUUCAGUUUGCGAGGGUGUUAGUUGAGAUGGAAAUCACAGAUAAUCCUCCGCGAAGUUUCCAGUUUAUCAAUGAACAUGGUCAGGUGGUUGAACAAGGAAUAGAGUAUGAGUGGUUGCCUACUAAAUGUAAGAGCUGCUCUGGUUUUGGGCAUACUAUGGCAGAGUGUCGGAAGGACCAUAAGGCAGUUUGGGUGGAAAAAGUUACUCAUCCUACUGAUGAGAAACUUAUGGAAAGAACAGUAAGUUCAGAGGGUGCUAAGGUAGAGGUUAAGAAUAAGAAAGAGGAGGGGUCUAAAUCAAAUGAAGAAGUAGUAGCAAGUGAAGGUGACGUGUCUCUUUUAGAGGAGAAGAAUUCUGGGAUGGUUGUAGAGCAGAACAAGGAAGUGCAAUGGCUUACACCCAGGCGGGUUAGUUCUCAGAGACAGGGUUUUUCUACUGGUGCCAAUAAAAUGGCUGGGCUGGCUCAAACACAAGGAAAUCAUUUUGGUAUUUUGCAGGAACAGGAAAGGGGUAGUAAGGUUGGGAAUAUUGCUGCUAGUUCAUCUAAUGGAUAA